AUGAUGCAGCCCAUCAAAAUUGAUCCGGAAUCAGUAAAACCGCCUAAGAGAAAGAACGUAAAGAUAUCAAAGGAUCCACGGAGCGUUGCAGCCAGACAUCGGAGGGAAAAAAUAAGCGAAAAGAUAAGAAUUCUUCAAAGACUUGUUCCUGGAGGAACCAAAAUGGACACAGCUUCUAUGUUAGACGAGGCUGUCCAUUAUGUUAAGUUUCUUAAGAAACAACUUAAAUCGUUAGAACAAGCAACAACUGCUUGCUCUAACGAUAGAAAUAAUAAUAGGUUCUAUUUGGGAACUGCUCGCAUACAGUCAUUUGCUUUGAUUGUUGUUGUGUUUAGCGUUGACUAUGUCGAAGACGUACAGAUGGAUCCAAUUUCAAAAUUUGAGUUGACGACAGGGAAAUUACACUUCUGA